AUGGAAAUGGAAACUGAUGAAACUGGAGAUCCGACUCUUAGCAAUGAAUGCAAUGGAGAUGAAGUUCUAAAGGCAGAAGGUGGUGCCAAGGUCCAGAAGUUCACAGAGUGGGCUCUUAAAUGUACAAGUGUCCACUCUCAUUGCCAGGAAAAUAGAGAUGAAGUGGGCUGCAACUCUGCCACCGCGAUUCAGCUACAUCUAUCUGCUUUUCAGGCCAUUGUAGUUCUUGCUGGCAACCAUCUUACAAGGAAAGAUUUUACUGAAACAAUUGAUGCAGAAUGUUUCCGUUCUGCACUCUUCUUUAGUUCCAUUGAUCAUGAUUGGGCAUCUGGUAUAUCAGCCACUUCUAUCUAA